AUGGAAGACGAAGGACUUAACAAGGAUCUUUUCAUCGAAGCACUUCGAGUUGACAGCGACGAGGAAACUGGAGCCAUUGAACAGCCGCUAGAGAGGCUUUCAAACAGGAUAUUAAAAUCAACAACUUCUAUUUGCUCUUAUUAUGAUGUCAAACAAAUCGAUUUUUUUUAUUUUCUUCUAGGAGACAGCAUAGAAGAAAUCACCGGAUAUGGAACCAUUAGGCCACGAAAUCUCAUAAGUAGCAUCCUUGGACAAACACCUGUAAAAUCUAAAAGUCUAGCUAUUUCGAAUCCUCAUGACUUCCGACAAGUAUCUGCAAUUAUUGAUGUUGAUAUUGUGCCAGAAACCUGUAGAAGAGUUCGUUUACUAAAGCAUGGCAGUGAUAAGCCGCUUGGUUUCUACAUCCGCGACGGCACAUCAGUCCGUGUAACAGCAAAUGGUCUGGAAAAACAGCCCGGUAUAUUUAUCUCCCGUUUGGUGCCUGGUGGUCUAGCGGAAAGCACCGGUUUGCUGGCAGUAAAUGACGAAGUCCUUGAGGUGAACGGCAUUGAAGUAAAUGGCAAAACGUUGGAUCAGGUCACCGACAUGAUGGUGGCCAAUAGCUCCAACCUGAUCAUCACGGUGAAACCUGCUAACCAAAGAACGUUGGCUCCUCCGAGACGUGGUUCCUUCUCACGCAACAGUCAGCUAUCCGGAGGUUCGCACCAAUCACACCACACAACGGGUUCGGAGGAGAACGACCAGGAUGAUCAGGACGAAAUACGAGAUCUUACCGGUGCCGCCACUCUUGAAGAAAAUGCGUUGAUCACACAAAAAGAUGGGGUGCUUCAUUUGUGAGUUCAGCAGCAGUGAUCAGAUAACUUAAUUUCAACCAGCACCACAAUUUACCUUCUAGAGAUGCCUUCCCACAACAGCCUCCACGUAAAAUGUAUAAACAGCACACUAUUGUGCGUCAAUCGUGACUCAACUAUUUAGAUGUCUUUUUAGACUAUUUGUGUACCAACUUAUAGAUAACUGCUAACAGUAUUGCGUAGACCAUUCCGUUCGUUUUAUAUUGUCUGCAUUUAGAUUAUGAGAUAAAAGUUUAUAUUAUCUGUUAAAAAAUACAGUAUAUGCAUUUGGGAAAAAUCAGACCCAGGAAUUAUUUUUUUGUUGUUUUAUUAUUUUUUGUUGCAUUUCUGCGUUGUGCUACUCUGCUUACUUGGUAUUUAAUUUGUUUGAGCUGUCGGUCGGUUUGCGUAUUUCUUGUAACAGUUUUAUCAUAUUUUGAUCUUAUUUUGUACUUAAAUCAUCAUCAAAUUCUCGAUUGUUGCGAGAUUAGCACUUAGCAGUGCAGAGCGUUAUCGUCACUUACUUGUUAUUGUCAUUAUUAAUCGUUAUUAUUAAAAUAAUAAAAAAGUGCUCAAUCAAAUUAUGCGCAUCAAAAUUUCGAAAUAUACAAACAUGCAUUAAGUAGACAUUAGUGCCUUUAGAUUCGGACGAUUAGAAUGAUAAUUCUUGAACACUUUAGACGUGAAUCUACUUGUAGGGUAGAAAAUAUGGAUUCGAUAUCAAAACAAAGCCUUUCUAUACGAAACUUUGAAAAUCGUUGAAUGCAGUUCUUGAAACUUAAUACAGCAAUAAAACAUUCCAAGGACAGUGCAACAGUUUAUUGUAAUAUGAAUACUUACCACUGAGGACGCAGCUCGUGAAUCUAGAUGCAUGAAUAAAGUCGGCGAUUUAGAUACAUUCCACCAUAGGAGUGCAUUACACAAUAUAAAACUUUGGCCUUUUCAUAUACAUACCAAAAAUCUAUGAGAUAUGAUAAUUUUAAAAUACUGGCUACAGAGAACAACACGUCACCAGGAAUCUUGUUCGAACAACAUGGAAAGAGUUCACAAUGAAGCAAUUAAAAAAGUGAGUUUUACUUAUACAUUACAACUUGCAUAAAAUGUUCAUCUACUUACAAUAAAAAAUCCAUUAAUGGAAAUCGCAGUUGUAGUAAUAUUUAGUGUGUAUAACAGCCGAAUAAGUAAAAUAUAUACCUAAUAUUUUUAAGGAC